AUGAAACUAUUUAACACAGUCGUUGUGUCUCUAAUUCUUGCAGGAACUGGAAGUUGUGUUAGUUCCUCUUCAUCAACUAGUAGAAGCAGCAGCACUAUUAGUGCCACUUCUAGUGGAGUCGCAAUAUUGCCUGUCAAUACCUCGGUACCAGUGGCUCCUAAUUAUAAUAAACUAUCAAUUGAAUAUAUGGGUGAUAUGAUUUUAGUUUCCCAAACAGUGGUUACAUGCAAUCCAAUGUUUGGUAUUAUAAAUCCAGCAGUCUCAGCUGCUCAGUCCACUACAUGUUUUUACAAUGGAUUAUCAUGUAUGAUGAACCUAAGUGCCAAGAUAUUAGAAGGAUGGGACAUGUUGGACAACAAUAACACUUUGAAGAUGUCAGUUGAAUCGCUGUUCAACGCUUAUAGGGAAAAAAAUACAAUAGAAAUGGAUUUGGAAGAUUCAUUAAAACUAUCAGACAAGUCCACAAUGAAAAUGAAUCUUGAAAUGGACUCUAAUGAAAGCUUGAUCAAACAGAUGUACAUUAAAGUUGGAACAGUUCUACUAAAGCCGCUGGAUUUGAAGACCAAAAUUUUCUUCAAAUCCAAUGAUGUAUUAGAAAGAACUCAGGAAAGGCUAGGAUGUGUAUCAUUUUACUUUGGACCUAGAGCCAUCUUUUCCAGGAAAGAAAUUGAAAUAGAGACAUGUCUCUCAAGAUAUGGGUCCAGAGUGCUAAUGGAACGUUCGAAAAAGAGAACACUCUAUAGAGGUGUCAGGGCAGCCUAUAAAGCUUUCAGACAGAUGGGAUUCUUACAGUUUUUAAAGUCCCCUAUGCAGUUGUUUAAUCAAUUGCUACACAUGUUCAGGGACCACCUUGAAGAAGGUAUGGCUAAAAUGCAAAGGAUGACGGAAAUUGUUACAUCUGAAGAGUGGGAUGGUAAGAAAGUGUCAUUCACGAUGUACGAUGACAAUUAUGGCGAUGAUGUCGACCCAACCUAUAGAACUUUUUUAUUCUCUGUCCACGCAAGUAAAACCAAUGGCCAUCUAUAG